GAGGAGGAGGAGGAGGAGGAGGAGGAGGAGGAGGAGGAGGAGAGCGAGAGCGAGAAUGAAAAUGGAAAUGAAGAUGAGAAUGUGAAUGUGAAUGUGGAUGUGCAAAAGAAGAAGCGAUCCCCUUCGUCAUCAUCAGAGUACAACAACCACAACAACGCUGCAUCUGUAACAAUCACAUCACCGCUCGACAUGGACGUUGCGAUUGCCGAGCCGCAGCCGAAUGUGGAAAAGCGGCAGAGCAUAGUAAUUGCAGCACUGCUAUCACUCAUCAUCAUUGAGAUAUUUGCAACGGUUACGGCGGCCGUGGCCAUUGUCGGAAUAGCAGGGCUUCUUGUUUUCCUGAAUCCGCUGACGGGCGCGCUGAGUGCCUUGAUUCUGGCCGUGCAGUUGGUACUGGAUGUUGUCUUGGUGGGUGUUAUUGCCUUGUUGAAUGCGCUGCUUACGUCGCUUGCGUUGGGCUUGAGUGGCUUGUAG